GCUAGCUACUAGUUAGCACAUUAGUUUAGUGCAGGCUAAGAAUCUGUUUUAAAUCGAUCAGUCUGUUUUUUGACAUGAGAUUGGAUAAUUCUUAAAGUUUCAGUAGUAAUUAAGUACUUCGGUGGUCCUGGGAUGCAGUUUUUCUGGAUCUUAAUUCUGAACUUACAAAAUGUGCUCUGGUUUCUCUAUAUAUCCUUAACUGGAUGUUAUGAGGACAGCCAAGUAAAUCUUGCAAAGCAUUUGUAUCCUGCUGUAGCUGUGAUGCCAUGAAUUUGUGUGCUAAGAACAGGAUGUUUGCAUGCUGAAGUAGUUGUUUUUAUCCUCAAAUAUUUGUUUAGCAGAAGUUGGAGAACACUGCCUGAAAGAGCCAGUUAAUAUUAAAUACAGUGUAAGACGUUGACUGCACAGUUAGUAAUUGAAUAUGCUGAUGCUGUUUAAAUAAAGAAUGUAAAAAUAAGUUCCCCAAAUCAGGGGACGUUCGUAUCAUUAGAAACAUAUUGAUGAUAUGGGCAUGUUAGACUUCUAGAAAUACCUCAAUAACUGAUCCCCAUAAGAGGUAUCAGGGAAAAAAAUGUUGAUGUGAAUACGUUUUAUGUAGAUCUUGUAUACCUGUUAUUGGAAGCUGUCAACUGUGGCAGUUCUUUGUUGAUUUAUGGGGAAAUAAAUGAUGAAAAUAUUUGAUUGACAGAUGGUAUGUUACUUAGAUUCUGAAUGUCAGCUUCUACAGAAUGUACAAAUAAUGAAUAUAUUCCUGUUUUAUUCACAAAAUGGGAUUACGGAAAGACAAUUUUUUUAAAAAAGGGGGAAUUAGACCGUAUACACCAAGUUCGGGAUGACCCUUGGCAAAAUCAUUCUUUUCCAUCUGCACUUGAAAAACAUGGUGAUACUACCAAGUUUUAACCAAGGGAGCAACAGAUGGAUGACUCUGCAUAUAAUUUCGAUUAGAUUCAAGUUCACAGUAACCUUUACAGUUUCCUCCUGAUUUUGAGAGAGAAGAAAUGUGGUGCGAGGAGUGGGGAGUAUGACAAGUCUAUGCCUUGUUUCCAUAAUUGUUUUUCAUAAUUAUUCUUCUCGUUAAAUUGAUUCUCCAGACCUUGACUGACUUUUUGCUGAUACUGUGAUAUGUUUUCUUAUCAGGCAGUUAUGUGCAGCUUUAUUAUCUGAUUAAGCAGUCGAGUGGCAUAAAGUAUGCAGUUUCCUACCACAAUUGCACUUGGCAUGGCCAUACCAUUACUUAGUGUAAUUGGGUUUACCAGUGCUACUCUGAUUUUAUAAAUGAAAAGGAUAUUGGCUGCCAACUUCAGCCAAGUCCUAACCUAGCCAAGUGUUAGCUACAGAUUAUGAAAACUGUUCAUUUUAAAUUUGCAUCUAAUGCUUUCUGCCAUGUUUAAUGUUUCAGAUAGUAGAUGUGACUCGGGUAAGAAGCUGUGUGAAUGUCACUGUUACUUUGGAACAAUCCUUGUUUAUCUUCUGCAGUGUCUCAGCUCUUAAUGGCUCCUAAGUUGGUUUUUUUUUUUUUCUUCUGAGGCUAUCAAAAGUUGUCCUGCUUCCAGGCAAUGGCAUAGGCAUUGGUCCUCCUGCUGUGCAGUAAUGCAUACUGGAAAAAAAACAUGCAGACUAGUUGUGGAAGAGAGCAACUUCUACAGAUUUACUUGACAAAGAUGUCAUUUCUACCUACUACAAGGAAAAACAACGACUUAUCCCUAACAGAAUUAGAACAGCAGAAAGCUGCAUGUCAGUGUAGUUAGCAGAAUUUACUUUGAGAUUUUGGUAGGGACCAAAAAAAAAAAAAAAAAUCACUAUUACUUUGUGUUACACCACUAUAAUCUGAUAGCUGUCUUGGGCAGAGGAAAAAAGAAGUUUUGAAUAAGCAAAGUACUUUAUGCCUAAGUAGUAAAAAGGCUGCAUUUCUUUAUAAUAGUUGGCACUAGUAGAAGUACUUUGUAGCACAAAAGCUUUCAGAAGAAUAAGAGAUUUUCACUUCAAGGAGGUGUUUUACCCCCGAAAUUCAGAGACUUUCUAACAGCUCUGAAAUCUCUGUGAUCAGUUGACAAUAUCUUCAAGAGUAUUUUGUGGUUGUGCUUACAAGUGAUGUGCUGCACAACAUCUGGAGGGCUAGGGCUAUGUAUGUUUUAAAGAUGUCGUUGGAACUGCUACAGGAAUACUGAAGGAUGAAAUCACUUCAUUUUCUUUCUUUGAACAGGGCUAUAGGUAUUUUAGUGGCAAUGGCUCUAACUUCAAUGUUUACUAAUUGAGUAAACAACUGACAGGUAUUUGUGUGCAGAUGGCAGAGACUGAUCUCUGAACCCUGCCAGUCCUUAGCAGUUGGCUAAGUGUCACUGGAUGAAAUCCUCCAGAUUUAAUACUGAAGACAUUUUUCAUAAACAGCCCAGGAUGAUAUUGAAUCAAUAGGUGUUGACAUGGCUUUUAUUCAUAAAAACAUCAAUUAAAGUAAUGCUAUCUGAUGUGAAGUCAGAAAGCAAUUUUAUCUUCUGGAAUAUUUCCAUCAGGUGACAUUUUCUGUUGUGAAAGCAAUGUCAGUGUCAGCUGCUCCAGAUCUGUCUGUGUAUCACUGUGUGGCUGCUCUCUACAUAAGGUUGAAAGAGAGCAAUGAAUUGCUUGGGACUGUGUAUGGUAUGAUUUGGAGCUCCUAACCUGAUUUUGUUUAUUGUCUGAAAACAUGCAGAUAGUCUGAGUUCUCUUCCUAAACCUAGAACUGAAGAAUUAAACUAAUUUAUAUUCUGAUGUUCAGUGCAUCUACUUACACUUUUCUGUCUGGAUACAGAGAAAACAUAUUUUAUUAUUGGAAAGUAACAUGCCUAUUUGGAAAAUUACUUGGGCUACAGUAUUUGUGUUGGCAGUUUUAUUUUCCAGGCAUAACAGCUCUGUUUCCUUUUUAUACCCAUUUGUGCAGAGAAAAAAUCAUCACAAAUCAUGUUUUUAGGGGCUAGUGAUGCUCAAGUAAUUCAGUUUUAUGCAGUUUUGGGCUGUGUGGAUUUAGGCAAGCUGUCUUCUGUAACAUAGCAUUAUUUUAAUAGUUCACCAUAAGUCACAAAUCUAAGCAAACUCUAUCACUGGGUAAACUUUUUUUUCUUUGAAACUGGCUCCAAAUGAGUAACUUGUCUGAGUUUAAAUCACAGUUGCUAUCCAAAUAGGAAUAUAAAACAAUACCAAAAAUUAAAAACAAACAGAGGAGCAUUUGCUCCCUUCCUUAAAUCAGCGUGAGACAAGAAGACGACAGAUUUUAAGAGAAGACUUAGAAUGCUAAUUUGGCUUUUAUGCUUAAGGGACUGAUUAGUGGAUGCAAAGAACCUGCACUGAGAAGUCACUGCAUUCAGUAUCUGGGCUCUGGGGGUGUAGUGGAAAUUCUGAGUCACGGCCUGAGACAGUGAUUGAGCACCUGGUGGGAAGGCAGGGCCAACCCAGGGGAGCUCAGGUGCAUGCAAUCAUCUGAGUGACCAAAAUGGGUGGAGCCAGGGCCCACCCCUUCCCAGACUGCAUUUAAGGGCUAGCAGUGGAAGCAAAGCUACAUCUCUGGAGAUGCCUGUGUACCUGAGGCUUUCUAAAGGUUAAAGUGUGUCAGGAGGAAAACCUACCAAACCCAGGAACACAGUUGAGUACGUAGACUUUCAACAUGAACCGUGCUUUUAGUAGGAAGAAAGACAAAACAUGGAUGCACACUCCUGAAGCCUUAUCAAAGCAUUAUAUUCCCUAUAAUGCAAAGUUUCUUGGCAGUACAGAAGUGGAGCAGCCCAAAGGCACAGAAGUUGUAAGAGAUGCUGUAAGAAAGUUAAAGUUUGCAAGACAUAUCAAGAAAUCUGAAGGCCAGAAGACCCCUAAAGUUGAGUUACAAAUCUCAAUCUAUGGUGUAAAAAUUCUAGAUCCAAAAACAAAGGAAGUUCAACACAAUUGCCAACUCCAUAGGAUAUCAUUUUGUGCUGAUGAUAAAACUGACAAGAGGAUAUUUACUUUCAUAUGCAAAGACUCAGAAUCAAAUAAGCAUCUGUGCUACGUAUUUGACAGUGAAAAGUGUGCUGAAGAGAUAACUUUAACAAUUGGCCAAGCGUUUGACUUAGCUUACAGGAAAUUUCUGGAAUCUGGAGGAAAAGAUGUUGAGACAAGAAAACAGAUUGCAGGUUUACAGAAAAGAAUUCAAGAAUUAGAAACCGAAAACACAGAGCUGAAGAAUAAAGUUCAAGAUUUGGAAAACCAGUUAAGAAUAACACAAGUUCAUGCGCCUCCACUGCUGCACAUAAAGUGUGAUAAUGAUGAACAUAUGUUUCAAAGACCCUCUACCUUUUUCUGGUGUAACAGUGAGGAUUCACCACCUCCUUGUUUAGAUAUCUCUUCCAUUACGCUUACUCCUAGGAGUUCUCCUGACUCUAGACUACCAUCUGGAUUGUUAAUACCACCACCUUCAAAAAGUGGUCUUCCAAAGCCAUCCAGUGAAUACAGCUGUCCGAGACCUCGUGCAGGCUGUGUGACACCUAAAUCACCCUCCACUGACAUCUUUGAUAUGGUUCCCUUUUCUCCCAUAUCCCCUCAGUCAUCAACACCUACUCGCAACGGUACACAGCCUCCUCCAGUACCCAGUAGAUCUGCAGAGAUCAAGAGAGACCUUUUUGGAGCAGAACCUUUUGACCCUUUUAGCUGCGGAGCAGGAGAUUUCCCUCCAGACAUUCAGUCCAAGCUAGAUGAGAUGCAGGAGGGGUUCAAAAUGGGAUUAACUCUUGAAGGCACAGUAUUUUGUCUUGACCCACUAGACAGCAGAUGCUGAUGCCAAGAAACUAAAUGUGAAAUUCUUACACAGUGUUUUUUAAUUCUGAACGUGUAUUCACAAAUAUUAUCCACGUGCCAAAAUAUGCUUUUUUUCAACAUGUGAACUCGUAUGAGGUUUGCUUCUGUAAAAAAAAAAAAAAAAAAACAACUUAGUUCCAGUCUUUCCCUGUACAAAUGUAUAAAGUUGUAUUUGUUAAUGGAAUAUGAAUUAAAUUACACUGUUGUUUCUUUCCAUCACACUUUGGCCUAAGUUUACUACACUUCACUGCUAUUUGCCUGGAAAAGUUCUUCAGAAAGCUCACACGUACCUCUCUGUAGAGAUGCAAGCAUGAGUUCCGCAUAAUGCUUUACUUGGCGGUAUUUUGAAAGGAAACUUUUAAGCCGUUAUUUAAAGUUCCAUCAGCAAAAUGAUUAAUUGCAGUUGCAAUGAGAAAGCAGAAAAUAUUAACCAUUAAUAUAUGCUUACAAAAAAUUGGAAUGCUGCGUAAUUAAUUUCCAUUACUGUGUACAGUUAUUACACUGUAUAUCUGUUGCUAUUAGUUUAUAAAAUCCAGAAGAUUUUUAGGUCAUUAAAUCAUGUUUUAGAAGCUAACAAAUAAUGUGUUACUUAGUGUUUAAUAGCAUAGAAGAGCUGCUAAAUUGCAGGCGUGACAAAGUAGCUACCCUCUGUUUCAUUUUACAGAUGAACAGUAAAGUGUACCGUUUGGAAUUCAUUACAAAACAAAAUUCAUAAUGAAAAUUUGAACAUAAGACUAUGAUUUUGCUGUUGUGUAAUUUUGUGCACAAGCAGGCACUCUUUGCAGAGGUUAAUUCUGUGAGCUACUUCCAGCACCUGAGUGUUCGGUCGGGCUGUUGAAUAUUGUUUUCAUAGUCUCCUUUGAUGCUAUAUGUCUUAAUAUAAGUUUGAAGCUUGCUGCAAGAUUUCGGUAUGUCAGUAAGUCUGUCACACUCACUUGUUUUCCAUGUUACACAAACAACCGCAUACCAAAACUUUCAGCUGCUAAUGAGUUUAACGCUGAUCUUUCUAUGCAUACUCUUCACUAAACUUCAGCACAAGCAAUAAAAUAAUAUCAUGAGCUUAUCUCAGAAAAGUACUAUCGUUACUCUUUCAAUGCCCAAACUCCACAUUAGUUCAAUUAAAUCCUCUUAAAAACUCUUAUUCUCCCCUUAAAACAUAAAGAUGUUUGAUUAAAAAAUAAUAAUAAUAAACUAAGAGCAUUUUGGAUAUUUUUUCUUGUUUUCCAGAGAGGCUUUUUGUGACACUUAUCGUUUUGUCCUCAAGGUUUACAGUUUACACAGAAAUGUAUUUUGCAAGUUCAUUUAAGUGUGUAUAUUUUUACACCCCCUUCAACAAAGUUCUUCAAAAAGACCUUGAAAAGUCUGCUGGAAUGAACGAUGUUAUUCCUUUGCUGAGUUUGACUCAUGCUCAUAUACCCUGCUGAAUGGGGACCCCAAUGUUCUGCAUUGCAUUAGUCUUCCCCUGUAUAAUUCUUCAUUGAAUAUUCAUAUAGAGUAUUAUAUAUAUUAAAAUACAUAUAUAUAUAUAUAUAUAAAAUCACUAACAAAUAGAAUAGUAUGUUUCAUAAAGAAAAGUCUUUAUAAUUUUGUUUGUCAUAUAGUAUUUUGGAAUUUGUAUAAUGAGGAUGUUUAGUAGCCAUAGUAAUGGCCUUUUUUUAACAAAUAGAAUUUGUAUUUUUAUUGUACUUUAAAAAGCUUUACAUAAUAAGCAUAUAUUUAGUGGUCAUUUAUUAUCAAUCGUAACACCAAAAUAAAUAAUAUUUGCACAUUUUAAGAAAUGUUUUUCUUUACUGAUUUUUAUGAUAGUUGGCUGCAAAUGGCAUGAUUAAAUACUGCAUAACUGGUCAAUCCAUACAAAAAUACUUAAAUCAACACAGCACGGCAUUUUUAAUGAAAAGGUUGUGUGAUCCAAUUGGAAACUGUAUUUCUAUGUAAAUUCAAAUGUCUGUUUAAUUUUGCCUAAAAUAAAUGUUUUUAAAUAAA